GCAAUCUUAAUUUCGAGAUAGGCAGCUCCCGGUCUGAAGCUUAGAACAUUUUCCGAUAGUGCUGUUGAGCUAUUCUGCAAAAUGACUACCUUUCGUAAGAAUACGAUUUUCACGUUCGCUUUGGUUUUAUUUAUCUAUGGUCUAGCGGUGACUAGUGUUAAGGCGGAGUUGGAUGAAGCGCGUGCCAAAGAGUUUUUUAUUAAAGUUGCUUCAGAGUGCAUAACAGACGAUAUAAAAGAAGAUGAUAUUGAGGCUCUGAUGAAAGAUGACUCUGCAUCCCACGAAGGUAAAUGCCUCAUUGCAUGUCUAAUGAAAAAACUAGGCGUGCUAGAAGAAGAUGGUGAGUUGAGUCCUAUAAAUGUCAAUGAUCUCAGACAGAAAAUUAAGUCUUUCGGAGGCGAUGCUGAGAAAGCGCUACAAAUAAUUACUGCUGUUGCCGAUAAAUGUAGUAGUUUAAAAGAAGAGGAUGUAUGUGAAACUGCCUACCAAAUUCAUCUAUGUGUAAGGGGAGAAAUCAAAGCGAUUUAUGGUUAAUUGGAAACUGGCAACGGACAUCUGGAAUUUUGGAAACGGACUGAAGUGAACCGGCGUACUCUUGAAAAUUUUCUCAUAGAUUUGUUGUCGUAUAAAUAAACGUCAUUGCAAACCGUUC